AUGUCUAGGCUACGCAAUGCGUUACGUGGUAAUGCUCGAGAGGCAGUCUCGGUGUUAUUACUUACCUCUUCAUGUCCAGAGGAUGUACUGCAAGCUCUUGAACUACGUUUUGCUCGACCUGAGCAAAUUAUUUUGUCGGAGAUAUCCGCAGUUCGAGCCCUACCUAAGUUGGGUAGACAGCCUAAUGAUAUUUUCACUUUAGCCACAAAAGUAAAAAGCAGUGUAAAUGUUAUAAAUUUAUUAGGUCAUAGAGAAUACAUUUAUUCACCUGAAUUAUUACACAACGUUAUUUCAAAAUUAACACCUUUAUUAUAUAACAAAUGGUGUGACUUCGCUCAGGCACACCACACACCCGGUCAACCACAGCUCGAGUUGCUUGCUGAAUUUUUAUUGCAGGAGGCCAAUAAACAAGCACGUUUUGGGCUGCCAUAUGAGGCGGUAAAUGUCCCAUCUCAUACAGAGAGGACGAGGGCAGCGGUCACGUCUGCGGCGCCGCGCAACGAUUGUACGCAGGCUGCAUAUCGCUUCGCGCCUUCAAGAUAUACAGUGCAUACUGCCAAUGCAUCUGUGCCACUUCAAAUAAAAUCGCCUAUAUCCUGUGCAUUUUGUUCUGGUCCACAUAGUAUAAAGACCUGUUUCAAAUUCUUAGCUCUUGCAGUUGACGAACGUAUCACUUGGGUGAAACAAGAAAAACUUUGUCCGAGGUGUUUAAAGAGAGGUAAGCAUAGUUGGAGAUUUUGUAAAGCUCGACAAUGUGAUAUUUGUAAACAAAAUCAUCAUAAAUUUUUACAUUCUGAAAUUAAUUCGAAUAUUACAAAUUUACAUAAUACAAAUAUUGACACUGUCACUUGUCAAAACGAAAAUAUAAAUUCUUCUUCUAAUAAUAAAUCAGUUCCGAGUACGAGUACUAGCAAUGCAGUUUCUUUUUCAAAUAAAGAAGUGCAAAGAGAUCGGAUACUUUUAAAAAUUUUACGUGUUAUAUUAUCUGGUCCAACUGGCGAUAUCGAAACUUUUACACUUUUAGACGAUGGUUCCUCCGUUUCAAUAAUCGAUGCCGACUUAGCGAAGCAGUUAGGUCUUAGCGGACCUCAACAAAACAUGAACAUCACAACUGUUGUUGGUACUCGUAGUGUUACCACUAGUUUAGUAGAUUUUAAUAUUAAAGGUAAGCAUUGCUCUGAGGUUCAUACUAUUAAGGGAGCCCGAGCUGUACCUGAUUUAACAUUAGCAUCUCAAUCGGUUUCUGCUAAUGAGUUGUUACCUUUAGAACAUUUGUGUGAUCUUAUUGACGUUCUUUCAUACUCUAAUGCGACUCCAAAGCUUCUUAUAGGCUUGAGUGACUGGCAUUUAUUAAUUUCCAAAGAGAAUCGCGUAGGUACUCGUUCCCAACCUGUGGCCACUCGUACGGCCCUCGGGUGGGUGUUGUAUGGAUUAGCAUCAAAGAUUACUAAACCGAUUCAGUUCAUUAAUCAUUGUGUAUUUUCUGAAACGGAAAAUGAUCUUGAUACGUUGAUUCGAGAUUAUUAUAGAUUAGACGCAAUAGGUUUAAAACUACGUGAACCUUAUACCUCUUCUGAGACAAGAGCGAUUCAAAUUCUGGACAAGACUAUACAGCGUCUUCCGAAUGGUCGUUUUGAGGUAGGUUUACCAUGGCGUUAUGAUUCACCAAUUAUGCCGAAUAGUUAUAAUCAUGCUUUGUCAAGGUUGAAUGGUUUAAAUAAACGAUUCAAGCGGGACCCUGAUUAUCAGUUGUUGUAUAAAGAAAACAUUGAAGCUUAUGUCAAAAAAGGAUACGCUGAGGAGUGUAACGAUUUUGAUGAUGCUCUUUCAGGGUGUAAGCGUUGGUAUUUGCCUCAUUUCGGUGUGACGAAUCCCAAUAAGCCCGGGAAGCUGAGGAUCGUUCACGAUGCUUUUGCCAAAUCCAACGGUGUCAGUUUAAAUUCAUUACUAUUGCCAGGCCCAGACUUACUUCAAUCUUUAGUAGGUAUUCUCAUUAGAUUUAGGGAAGGGCAGGUGGCGUUGUCAGGAGAUAUUAAGGAAAUGUUUCCACAAAUUAAAAUUCGUGAAGCGGAUCGCGAUUGUCAACGCUACCUGUGGCAACCAGAUGGACCUGAUGGUCCAGUCCACGAGUUUAGGAUGUCAUCUCUUAUUUUUGGUGCCGCGUCGUCUCCUUUCACUGCUAUUUAUGUAAAAAAUAAGAAUGCUAGGGAUUUCGAAAAGCAAUUUCCUGAGGCGGCGAAAGCUAUUAUUGAGGAUCACUACAUGGAUGAUUUUAUUGGUAGUGUAGAUGAUAUUGAGGUCGCUGCACGUCUCGCUGGGGAUAUCGUAGAUAUUCACAGUAGAUGCGGUUUCGAAAUGCGUGCCUGGAUAUCAAACAAACCGGAAGCUUUGCGUUUAGUUCCAAGUGUGUUGCGUAAAGAUGGUGAAACUAGUGUGAACCUUGACAUAAACAAAGCAACUACCCGUGUUUUAGGCUUGUUUUGGAACCCUGUAAAUGAUAAUAUAAUCAUUACUACACUAAACGCCAAGUUUUAA